AUGGGAUAUGAUGGUAUGAACGGCGAUGUUGACAAUUCGCCCGUAGGUUCUGGUGCCGGCAAUCGGCAGUUGAUAGCUCUCGCAAAGGAACUAACAGAAAGAGUACAUUCGCCCCCUUGCGAGUACGAGUGCCUACUACACCCCGGUAACACCAAUGCAUGGGCAAAGGUAGUUGGACUACUCUGCGAGGAUGACGACUAUGUCAUAGUCGAAGAGUUUACGUACCCUUCCGCUCAGGCUCUCUGGAUCCCAUUGGGUAUCAAAGCUGUUCCAGUCACUGCUGAUGCGGCAGGGAUCAUGGCGAAGAGUCUUAGACAUCUUUUGUCGAGAUGGGAUGAGCGGGAAAGAGGAUCGCGAAGACCAAGAGUACUCUAUCUUGUUUCUGUCGGAUCAAAUCCGACAGGAAUCACUAUCUCAGCACAAAGACGAAGAGAAAUCUACGACAUCUGCGUUGAGUUUGACAUUAUCAUCGUCGAAGAUGAUCCUUAUUACUUCCUCCAAUACCCAGGCUACGGAUCGCCUAUGGAAACAUCCUUCACACCCAAGCCUAUCCCAGAAUUCCUCAACACCCUCGUGCCCACGUUCCUCUCCAUGGACGCCCAAGGCAGAAUCAUCCGUCUCGAUUCCUUCUCGAAGACCCUGUUCCCCGGCCUCCGUCUAGGAUACUUCGUCGCCAACCCGGUCUUCACCGAACGUCUCCUCCGCGCAACUGAAGUCGAGACACAGGACCCAGCGGGAUUGAGUCAAGCCUUCGUUCUUGGUCUCCUUCAAAAAUGGGGCAUCGACGGUUAUCUCACUUGGCUGCAAAACCUACAGUUCCAGUACCGCACCAGGCGGGACUGGCUCUUGGAUGCGUUCAGUGCCCACUUUGACCUUCUGCCUGCGGAGAAGUCGCCUAUACCUGAAGCGCAGGGUUUUGUAGUGUGCGUCAAGAACUCCCAUGGCGGCAAGGUGAAACCUAUCUUCAGCUUCGUUGAUCCCGGAGCUGGCAUGUUCGUCUGGUGUAAGUUCUACUUUGACGGCAUCGACCGCUUCAUGGAAAUUGAGAAAGACGGAAAGAGCAAAGAUCCAGAGCAGGACUUUGCCAAUGAGCUGUGGCAGGCGUGGGCGACGGAACUCGUUCUUCUCACUCCGGGAUCGUACUAUCAUGCAUGGCAGGGGCCUGACAAGAUGAGUACUGCCGCUCGAGGUGUUGAUCCACGUACGGCGCAUUUCCGGUUCUCUUUCGCGACGCCGACAAAAGAAGAAAUCAGCACCGGGGUCGUACGUCUUGCAAAAGUGAUAGCGAGGUAUUGGGGAUAG